CCCUUAAUCACUAAUUGAGAAAAUGCCUUAUAGCUGGAUCUCAUGGAAGCAUGUCCUCAAUGGAAGCUCCUUUUGCUGUGAUAAUUCCAGCCUGUGUCAAGUUGACACACAAAACCAGCCAGUACACAGACCAAGCACCUUCCUUGGCCCCCCGGGCAGCUGGAAAACAUGGUGCACACCAAGAAGGUUCCCUUCUCUAGACCCCUGGCCAGCUAUUGCUCAUGUCUCCCAGCCACUCCCUCUGGGUCAUUCUGACCUCAGCCCGACCCAUGCCAAGACCUAUCUGUUUCUUGCUAGCCCUUGAAGCCCACAGCAUUUCCUAGAUGUGCCUUCUCUGAUCCAUAUCUUCUCUGCCCUAGUGUUAAGUUGCAAUAUUGAGCCAUUUAUAAAAAUCACAGCCCCUGUCUUACAGACUCUGAGAAACCCUCCCCAACUACACAUAUGCCCCUGUUCUGUAGAAAGAGGAUCAGGUGAGGGACAGAAGUCCCCAUCUGUGUGCUGUAGCUGUUCCGCAGCCACGGAUGAACUGGGUUACUUGAAAGGGUGGCUGGAAAUGAAAAGGACAGGGUGUAAGAGAAGGAUGAAGCCAAGACAAAAGUUGCUGAUCAAGGCUCAAAGUUUAAUAGUCAGCGCUGCCCACAGACAGAGCCCACAGACCCAUCCCUUGUUUCAGCUGGAUUAUGUUGCAAAGCAAGCUCAGCAGGCAGUCUACUCCUGUAGGAAACUUAUUCCACCUGGGUCUUUAAGGUCCAAACUGUGGCAAGCACUUAAGUUCUAUUUAGCCUGCUCAAGGCUGGGGGAAGGGCACAGUGUGUGUUGGGCACUUAGGUUUUUACUGUGUUUCAUGGCUGUCCAAUGCUGAUGGAGCUGUCCCUAUAAAGCCAGGACAUGAGACCAAUGUUGGUACUAGAAGUAGUGAGAUCAAAACAUACUCAGGAAUAUUGUCUAUGGCUUAGCACCUACUGCUGAGAAGAGACAGGCCCCUAGGGCAGUUUGGGGCUGUUGAGGGUCCAUGGGGUGACAGCAAAAGAGCAGAGAGACAUGCGCUCCAGGCUGAAGGUGUGUGAGGCCAGCCAGUCACACACACAGCCAGUCAUGGUUGGGACCACCCACCAUGUCUCCAGUGACCUGUGCUGUCGGGCUCCCUUCUGCCACAUACAAAGAAGCUGACAUGAAAGUAACCCUGGGAUCCCGGCCACCGUGUACCAAGGCAGAGGGUGCCCAGUUCUGGUUCGAUGCUGCCCAAAAGGGGCUAUACCUGUGUGCUGGCAGCGAAUGGGUCUCCGUGUUGGCAGGUCCCCAUCCUCCCAUUCCAAGCCAAGACCAAGCUGGACUACGUUGAAGAACACCAGAGUCUGCACACCAACUCAGAGACACUGGGCAUCGAGGUGUUCAGCAUCCCCGGUGUGGGGCUCUUCGCAGCCGCAGCCAACCGGAAGGCUAGAUCAGCCAUCUAUAAAUGGACAGAUGGGAAAUUUGUCUCCUAUCAGAACAUUGCUACGCACCAGGCACAGUCAUGGCGACAUUUCACCAUUGGGAAAAAGAUCUUCCUGGCUGUGGCCAACUUUGGGCCAAAUGAAAGGGGUCAAGAGUUCUCCGUCAUCUACAAAUGGAGCCCCAGAAAGCUGAAGUUCACCCUCUACCAGAGGAUUGCCACCCACAGCGCCCGUGACUGGGAGGCCUUUGAGGUGGACGGAGAGCACUUCCUGGUGGUAGCCAACCACCGAGAAGGGGACAACCACAACAUCGACAGCAUGGUCUACAGGUGGAACCCCAGCAGCCAGCUCUUUGAAGCCAAUCAGUCCAUUGCCACGUCGGGUGCCUACGACUGGGAGUUCUUCACCGUGGGGCCUUACUCCUUCCUGGUGGUGGCCAACACCUUCAAUGGCACUUCCACCCAGGUGCAUUCCCACCUGUACAUCUGGCUGGUCGGGGCUUUCCAGCUCUUCCAGUCGUUCCUGACAUUCGGCGCCGCAGACUGGGAGGUCUUCCACAUUGGCGAGAGGAUCUUCCUUGCAGUGGCAAACAGUCACAGCUACGAUGUGCAGAUGCAGGCACAAAAUGACUCCUAUGUCCUCAGCUCUGUUAUCUACGAGCUGAACAUCACCGCUCAGACCUUUGUCAAGUUCCAGGACAUCCCCACCUGCAGUGCCCUGGACUGGGAGUUUUUCUCCGUGGGAGAAGAUCACUUCCUGGUGGUUGCGAACUCCUUUGACGGAAACACCUUCUCAGUGAACAGUAUUAUUUACAGGUGGCAAGGCUAUGAGGGCUUCGUGGCCGUACACAAACUCCCCACUUUUGGCUGUCGGGACUGGGAGGCUUUUAACACCACUGCUGGCUCUUACCUCAUCUACUCCAGCGCCAAGGAGCCCCUCUCCAGGGUCCUGAAGCUGAGGACUGGCUGAAGUUACCCUGGAUCCCGCUGCCCCCUAAUACCCACCAGCUAGGCAUGUGCAGCAGGCAGGACCCACCCACCCAGCCCUCCCUGGUCCUGGGGCAGGUGGAGAAGCCUGUGCACCUCUCUGCACACUCUAAGCUGGCCCUUCCCCUCUCCCCCAACUGGGGGCUGUACCAGAACCACAGUCCUGGUGACUGGUGGCCAUAUUUCAGGUGACCCUGGGGUCCUUCAGGCUGAGGCCCAGGGCUGCCACCCAAUCUCGGUGCUCCCAGCCUGUUCCUGCAGGAAUUCUGCCUUAAAGGGACAGUGGAUAUCACAUUUUACCUCAAAUACAUAGGCCCUAGCAGUCUCUAGGGCCCCGGCUCUCCCAGCUACCCCUGCUGUGCAGCCUGACCAACACCUAUUUAUUGUAUUUUAUCUAUAUGAAAAUAUAUUUA